UUGGUGUGGCAAUAACUUACCCAUUGUGCUAGGCGCUUCGCGGGGCUUUUUAAGCGGCACGUUGGCCCAGCUUACCUUACUUUACUGAGCCCAAGAGAUCCAAUGCACAGCCCACCAGCUUUCAAAGCUUCCUCCCAAUCAAUCAAUCAGACAUUACAACUCUUAAAUCUCUCAACCUUCCCAUCAGCUUUCACCACUAUCGCGCAUCGAAGCAGGAGUUUACCCGUCAGCCAAACUAUUCACCAUGUUGGGGGAAGAUCUCGUCAUUUAUUAUAAUGACUCCAUCGACUCAGAUAACCUGGCCGCGGCUAUGGCCUUGUACAGGGCCACACACUGGAUGCCGACCGUCCACGUGCUUUGGAUUCUAGAGCCCCGUCAAGUUUGUUUUGGACUAUCCAUGACUAUGGAUCAGAUCACCAGAUGCAAGGAAUUGAUAAAACUACAUUUUCCGUCCGUCGAGAACCCUUUCAAGACCCUUUUGAACGGUGGUAUCAAACAGCAGGAUAUUGAUGAUAUCAAAGAUCUGACCAAAGAGGAUCGCAAGACUCUCGAGAUGGCAGUGAAGCCCAAGUAUGGCUCAAUCGACGACGCUACCUUGCAUGGACGACUUAGUGCACUGGACCUGGCAACUUGUCUUUCCGAGUGGUCUAACGCUAACCCCGUCGAAGUUCUUGUGGACUACGAGACUCUGAAACAUAUCGAGAACCCAGUGAAUCUCCACAUGCAUCACCAUGAAGAACUUGUCAACCGGACUGAAGCUGAGCUGAAGGACUACUACGACAUCCUGAAGAAAGUGUUGAAUCCGGACCGUCGAACCGAUGACCUGAGAGGUUGGUAUCACGAGUGUAUCAGGAACCUCGAUCGUCGUGUUACGCUCUCACGCAUUUCUGUGGGAGGACUCGACUUGGACAACGUUUUGAAUCGGAUCAAGAACGCGGGAAGCGUCCAUUUCUUUGGGGGUUCUUCGUUGAGAAUCCUACAACAGUUCCUCGAUAGAGGCGUAGCCAACAAGAUCAAGUGCCACUUGCAAGUGGGUUCCUGCGACAUGUCAGCCAAUCUCUUCUCCAACCAGUUCAACAUCGCCCUCAACCAACAAGCAGCUAAGGUCGUUCUCGGCCGAUCUGCAGAAUUUGCGGAGUUCACCGUCGUGCCUUCACAUACGGCGCAGAGCAUUAAAUACUCAGCCCUCGCUCUAAAGAAAUAUGGAGGCCACUGUAUUGAGAAGCGAAUUCUGGGCUUCAACUGCCACGAGGAUCCCAUCAAGAUCGUCACAAAUCAAGUUUCACUUGAGCAAAACUACCCUGAUAAAACCUACUCCAUGCCAGACUUGACCUCGUUUUUGUGUGCACUGGUUCCAGACAAGACGGGCUCCAAGCUAGGGUAUAUCGAGGUCGACGAACAGGAGGGCGGUACACUUCUUUUCAAAAAGUCUGACAAGGGCAUCCGUAUGCUUGAUCUGGAUGGCGUUCAGGAGUUCCAUGAGAAAAAGAUGAAGGAUAUUUUCGACUUAUUAUCAAGUCGCACAGUGAUGAUGCUGUGACGGAGACAACUUUUGAUACCCAAAGGCGAGUUGGAAGUCAGAUAGUACUUUUAAUAGCUUCUCGAUGCACAGGAGCAUAAUCUCAAUUAAUAGAGAGAAAUAUUAGACAUCUUGACAAGUCCGAGAGCAUGAUGAGUGAAG